AUGGAAGCUUCGUCAGAGCCGGCAAACCGUCGGAAAAGGGUGCUCAUGUCGACAGAGAGUGCCUUUGCUGCGAAUUUUCUGCCACCCCUUCUCCGCAGUUCCGACAUCGAGCUUCGCCUGAUUACCGACGAAGAAUCCUCGGCCAUAUUGACCGGCGCAACCAAGGUGCCGCAUUACAUGGACUCGGUUGAUAGCCAUACAUUUGAUAACAAGACUGGAUCACGCAGAUGGUUGAGAGCCAAGGCGGCUGAGUUAUGCGAAUGGGCUGAUCUCCUCAUCGUAGCCCCGAUUGACGCCGGGACGCUGGGAUCCAUGUUAUAUGGUCUCACACACACGUUGACACUUUCUCUGCUUCGAGGGUGGGACUUGAAGAAGCCUGUAUUACUUGUGCCUGGCAUGACCGUGUCGGAGUGGACGAACCCACUGACUAAACGACAACUGGAGGAACUCGCGCGUUCUUGGCCGUGGAUUAUAAGAAUAUCGCCUCUGCUAUGGAGUCUCACUGGGCCGGAGGAAUUGGCACAGCAGCCAUGGGAGGGGAAGCACCUUUUUGAAGAAUUACUCCGGAAGACUGUUGGGUUGAAUUCCAUCUCAAUUGGAAAGAUUGCAAACGAGCUAAAACAAGAUGAUGCCGCCAAGGAAAAACAUGAGUCUACAGGCAACAGCAGUUCAAUCGCUAUCGCCAAACUUGCUCAGCAGGCUGCCAAGAAGCGCGAUGAAUUACAGAGCGGACGCCCAAAGUCAUUGCCUCUAGAGCUGUGGCUGAACAUUUUCGAAGACCACCUGAAAGACUGGGAAAUUGCGAAAGCAGUGGGAAUCCCAACAAGGCUUCCUGUUCCGAAGGAGUGGCAACCUCAUAUUUUGAAGAUGUCUGCCCCCCCCUCGCUUGAGUACACAAUUCUUCGGGGAUCAUUCACAGCUAUCACUUCGAAGAUUAAUGAACUUACGCCGUACACGCCUUUGCCGAAUCUCGCAUGCCAUUUGAUUUUCAAAUUCUCCCGCACCGAUAUCCUGACAUACCUACUGGAAAAACAUCCCAGUUUAUACAGCACAACCACCCGAUUUACAAAUUUACCAUAUCUCGCCUCGGCCAUUUAUGGCAACCCGGCUAUUCUGACUUGGUGGCGCGACUAUUCCGACUCAUCAACAAAGGUGCAUAGCGCGGACGCCAUGGAUGGAGCUUCCCGAGCCGGACAUAUCAGCGUUCUGGAUUGGUGGCUCUCGUCCGGUUUGCCACUGCGAUAUACGGAGCGUGCCUUGGAGUCAGCCAGUGCCGAAGGACGCGUUGAAGUGCUAGAAUGGUGGAAGAAUGCAUCUUUAAGCGCAUCAUCCUCGUCAUCAGAUGCGAUUCCUCUAAAAGUCGGAAAAUCGGUGCUUCUCGCCGCUCAAUCUGGGAAAACACAAUCCCUCGCCUGGUGGGACGCAUCCGGCAUACCGUACACGCACUCCGAGUCCGUGGCACGCAUCGCCAGCACAUACGGCCACAUCCACGUCUUGCAAUUAUGGCACCGUCUCAAAGGCGCGAAAAUGAUAUUCGACAACCAAGUGCUUGUUGGGGCCACACGGAGCGGGCACGACGAUGUCCUCGAAUGGUGGCGCACCAGCGGGUUGCGUGUCGAAUUCAAGACUUGCGAUAUCGAAGAGGCCCUGGAAGAUGCUGACCCGUCGUCUGGUGCUGAGCAGCGUGUUCGUCAGUGGUGGGCGCGCAAUGGGCUCAAUCUUGGCGUGGGUACGAGUGAAUGGAUGAAAGUGAAGGUGUUGAGUUGA